CUGUAGUAGAAGUGAAGUAGUGUAGGGGACUGUACUCUGCAGGCAAAGAAAUAAGGGGGAGAUAGAUAACAGAGAAACAAACAAAAGGAAUUUAGUUUUCGUACUGUAUAGUGUAAACAUAACCUGCACAACAAAGAAAGUAAUCAAGGUUCAAGAUGGAAGGGAAUAUUCAAGAAGAGGCUGCUUUGGUUGAUGAGCCAAUAAUAAAGAAACCCAACGGUGUUAAGUGUAAAAUGGAACUACUUAUGUUUACUUUUUUUGUUGCAAAAACAUUGUCAGAUACAGUGAUAGUAAAUCUACUGGAGCACAACACGUGUUUGGUCGUGCUUGACUACAAUGUUUCCAACUGCACGGACCCGGUGAGUCCAGAUACACAGGGUCUAGUGCAGGAGCACGUGGCAGACGUAGCUAUGGCUCGCACCAUGAUAGAGGCUUUUGUCCCGUCACUCUUUUCACUCUUCAUUGGUCCCUGGAGUGACACCAAUGGUCGCAGACCGCUGAUUCUGCUCUCCGUCGCAGGUUACACGUGUUCAGCCAUAGUGUGGUGUGUACUGUCGUUGAUACCGCAACUACACCCCCUCUACUUCCUCUUGACUUCCAUACCUGUCGCCUUCGCCGGGGGCUACGUCACAUUCUUCCUUGCCCUCUACUGCUACAUCAGUGACACCACCGAGACCAAGAAAAGAGCCUUCCGGAUGGGUUUGUUGGAGGGAGCCUGUCUGGGUGGUGUGGUGGUGUCAUCUCUAGUGACUCCAUACCUACAGAGUACAUCCAAGCAAUAUGGUUACACCAUAGUGUUUGCCACCAGUGCCUUCUUGUUGCUGCUCACUUUCCUCUUCACGUACUUUUGCGUCCCAGAGUCAACCACAGUUAUAGAGUCGGAGCGUACCAAGCUGCUGAAGUUCGAUCAUGUGAAGAACGUCUUUUCUACAUGUUUCAGACACAGACCCAACCAUUUAAGUGUUAUUGUCAUGUGCAUUGUUGUUGAUCUGGUCCUCUUCAUCAUUCUUUUUGAUGGGGAGUUGUCUAUACUGUACAUGUUCACGCAGAAGAAGUUUGGUUGGACUUUGGUGGAGUACACAAGAUUGACAUCAUUCUCGCUUCUGAUAGCAGGAGCAUCAGCUUGUAGCACCUGGUUCUUUGUUGCUGUUCUGAAGUGGCCUGACCUACCUCUGAUCUUCGCCGGGACUGUGUGUGGUGUUAUCAAAUCCGUGAUACUGGCUAUGGCAUCGUCAGGGUACUACAUGUACAUUGCUUGUGGCUUCACUGUUAUUACUGUGCUCAUCAAUCCACUCUCUCGCUCCCAGCUGUCCAAGCUUGUCCCUGGUGACGAAUUAGGGAAGAUAUUUGCUUUCUCCUCGUUUCUGGAGGCCAUUGCUCCCCUCACUGCCUCCCCACUGUACACAUUUGUCUACAAAGCCACCUUGGACACCCUGCCUAAUGCCAUCUUCUGGUUGUCCACAGGCCUUUGCUGCAUCAGUGUCACACUUAUUGGAUUAGCUCUGUUCCUGCAGAGGUUGGCACCACGCACGCAGGGGUUUGUGCCUGUACUCGACGAUGCCUCUAGCAGACGCAGCAGUGUGCAGGAGUAGCCAUAACAGUGACUGUGAUUUUCUUACAACCGAGUCUUUCAGUGAUUUGUCUUCUUUGCAGUUUGAAGAUUGUGUUCAUUACGUGAUCUUACACACCAAAACUUUAAUAAAGCUAACCAGGGAUUCCGAAAUAUAAUAUAGGUAGGUUAUUUUACAGGCCUUAGAUAGUUUAUUAACGAAUUUAGCUAGAUUUUUGUAAAUCAAUAGGAAUACAGAGAAUUACUUUUUAAGUGUUUAUGUGUAUACAAGUGGAGACAGUACAAAUGCUAAGCAUUAAUUUGGGUGAAGAAAUUUGACAUAAGUAUCAUUAAUAAUUUUUAGAUACUUUGACUUGUCAGACAUAGAUCCGCGUGGCAGAAUGUAAAAAAAACUAAGAAGUACCUGUUUUGCAGUAGCUUGAUUUGCUUGGAGUGAUUAAAUUAGUUAUGCUAUUGUACAAAAAUUGGUAGUUGCAGGAAAAGAGUUUAGUAGCUAUUUUGUUUUAGAUUGAUUAUGCAUUAACAAAAAAUAUUUCAAAUUUAUCUGAUUGACUGUGUUAAUUGUAUUUUCCGUAUCUUUAGUAUAUUGACUGUAUAGUACUAUAUUGAAUUGUUUUGUAUUCUUUUUACUUCAAGUUUUGUUAAAAAUAACUAGUUUGUUACAUAAUCAGAAUCACCAAACUUAGUGAACUAAGAUAACUUGCUAAUCUGGGUUCGAUUUUUUCCUAAGAGUUGUCACGACCUUGUCUUAACGGUUUUGUUAUAAAUGUAUAUAAACAUAUAACAAUGUUUAAUCUGUUCUACCCUGGGAGGGCUCUGUAUCUUAGUUGAACUUUGUUUUAGUUACCUUGAAUAGUACAGUUACUACAAUAAUUUGCAUAUUUUGCUUAUUUUCAUAUGCUGUGUGUAAAUUAUAAGCAUUUAUAGUUUGCUUUGCUCUAAUUGGAAAUAUAAUUUAUUGAAUAUUUCAGGAUGUAAUUAAAAAUACGUAUCCAGUAAUUAAUUUCUAAAAUGAGGCUCAAAUAUGUUCGUUCAGAUAUGAAAACUUUAUUAGAAAUGUAGUUUCAAAAAGUGUUUAAUAUAAAUAUACAAUAAUAAACCUAUUAACACUUUUUAUAGAAUUUAUUUGUACAAUGUACAUUUCGAGUUCAACGAAUACAUCAUCAGGUACUUGUAGGUUAAGGUAAAUGAAGUAAAUAAAUAAUUGAAACCAAAUUGUCAUAUGUUUUUAACUAUUAUCAACUUGGUUUCAAUCGUUUAUUUACUUCAUUUACCUUAAUCUACAAUUACCUGAUGAUGAUUUCGUUACGUUUGAAAUGUACAUUUUACAAAUAAAUUCUAUAAAAAGUGUUACAAGGUUUAUUAUUGUAUAUUUGUAUUUAUGAAAACUUGUGUUAAAUUGAUUUUAAAAUUGAGACUUCAGUUUCUAUUUAAAAUUUGCACAAUUAAUUUAUAAGUAAUUAAACAAAUAACAAUUUUAAUAUUAUUGAAAUAUUAAGAACGUUAUCUUUAAUGAAACUAUUCAAAUAACAAUUGGAAGUUUGUACGAAAGUUGUUUCGAAAAUAUAAGAGACUGCACCCAUUUCUGGGAACACGGGAAGUUCAUGUGAAGGCAAGCACACACUUUCUUUUCACAAUGUGCAUAGAGUUUUUAAACAGGAAAUCUUUAAAAAAUGUAUAUUUAAUAUCUUACUUCUUUCAGUAUGCAUAGUUUAAGUAGUCGGUAAACAAAAACUCUUUCAAUAACGAAAAAUAAAUUUAAAUCACUAUAAUGUAAAAUGGACGUACUGCAGUAGUUUGUGUGUAAUGACUUAUGUUCACGUUUAGGAAUAGAAAUAACUAUUUUUUUUGUAAAUUAAGAAUUUUACUCUGAAGUUAUGUAGAGGCAAGUUUUGAAAGAACACUUAUAUAACAUAAACCUUACACUUUCAAUGCAAAAAACAAACAUGAAAUUUAUCUGAAUAUUUAGAGUAAUUUCUAUUUCAAAGCCACAUCAUUACAGUACUUGAAAAAUGUAAAUGUGAGUGAUUAUUAACAUAUAUUUACGUGAUAUUUUAAAGCUUCGUUUAUAUAAAUGUAAUAAAUAUACUGUUAAACAUCACAAAAUAUGGUAAAAUACGUAUUUUGUACAUUAACGAUAUGAUAUUAUAAUUAAUUUUAUUAUUAUUAUUUUUAAACUGUUAUAUUUUUAUAUCAAUAUAUUCUAUUUUAGGUAAUAUGGUAUAUAUUUUAAGAAGUAAUUUAGCUACAGUAGAAGGGGUUAGCUCUGUGCAAUUUAAUAUUACAAAUUAUUUCUUGAAAUGUGUGUCUUUUCUUAUAGCAGCAAGUGCAUAAUCUGACUGAAUAUUUUGUUUGUUAGGUACUGUAUCUUAAUUGUAGAAUUUUUAGUUAUGGGAAAUGAAUCCUUUUUGGCAGUUUUAAGAUAAAAAAGGUUGCAAAUAAAAAACUAAAAAAAUAAACAGAAAUAAACACAUUUAUAUUGCUCAAAUAAAUGUUUAUAUUUAUAAUGAUCUGUUAUAUUGAUUAAUAUAUUGAAAAAUCAUUUGUAUGAUAUUUAUUUAUGUUUAAUUUAAUUAUAUGAAUUAAACUGUGAUUUGUCCAUUUUGUACCUUGCUAGACCAAAUAUAUUAUUUUAAGUAGUGG